AUGGACGCAGGAAAACAGCCGCUCUUUGCUAAAGUUCGGCUUUGGGCAGAGAAGGGCACCCCCGGCGAGGUGCUCCUGCUAUGGAAGAAGCACGGUGGCAAAGUCGUGGAAAAGCCGGAGCAAGCUAUGGUUUUGAUCUCGGACAACGAACAGGCGCCAACAACUUUGGAAAUCCUCACAAAGCGAUACACAAAGUUUCCCAACGGAGCACAUAAGCCCGUAUGGUCAAGCGACAUUGUGCAAUAUUGGAUCGAAGAGGGCGCCCUUGUCACGAAUCCAGCGGUGACAAAAGUGUACCUUCGGAAACCACCGCCGGAGCUCUCUUUCGACCUACUCGAGCUCUCGGACGCAGAGAACAGUCUCGAUGGCUUCUUUCAAACAGAGGACGCCCAAUCCAAGGGCAGCUCCUCCGACGAGGAUCACUCUGGAUCUCCUGCACCAGAGCUCGGCAGCGAAAAGAGCCGCGGUGCAGUCCCAAGAAUACGUAUCCGAGGCGGGCGUGGCGCUGACGGACAUGAGCGACAAAUAGAAACCGCUCCUCGCGCCGGUAGACGUUCACGCCGUCUGGCCAGUGGUCCGUUGUGGAUGUCACCCAAGCCAGAGCACAGAACUGACGCCUCUACUGCACCUCGAAAACCACCGAAGCACAUGACACGGCCACUUAGUAUGCCAGAGCUCAAACAUGUCCAUCGCCGCAACGUCCUCUGCAGGGUAUGCAACCCAAAUGGUGUCAAAAUACGGAAGCCCCGUUCACCAGAUGCCCACUAUCAUCGGCGUGGCGUAGCCUGCCCCGCAUGUGUCGUCCAGAGGCAAAGUAGGUCGGCUCGCGACAAGAGCAAAAAUGGAUCGAAAUUCUUGCCCAAGCAGGGAGCACCCAUGGAAGCGGUUUCAAUGCACAGCAAUUCGAAACCUGGAACCAACAAAGUUGAAGUCGCUUCAAGAAACCUGACAAAUGCCCCUAUCGCCACGAAAAACGGCAGAGAGAACCCGAAACGCAUGGCCUAUACCAGCGGUUCAAAACCUCGAAAGGCCGACUCUGACAGUGGCGGCGCACUUUCCGCAAUAGAAACUCUUCAGGAGCUCCGCAGUAGGUACGCCAAGUACAUCGAGUUCGGAGCGGGUAUCUCACGGAUUGUAAUAGGCCGCGAUGGAUUCGCGCUUCGCAUCCAAGAUGCAUGA